AUGGAAGGCCUCAACGCAUCAGAGCAGCGCGAGUUCCAGAACCGCAUGGAGCGCAAGCAGCUGAAGGAAUUUAUGACCAUGUACUCCAAAAUGGUCCAGCGCUGCUUCGAUGACUGUGUGAACGACUUCACCACCAAGUCUCUCAUCAACCGUGAGGAGCAGUGCGUCAUGCGCUGUGUCGACAAGCACCUGAAGAGCUCAGCCCGCCUGCAAGAGCGCUUCCAGGAGCAGAACGCUGCUAUGAUGCAGAGUGGUCAGAUGGGCCCCCAGUAA